AUGAACGGGGGAGGAGGGGGCGGGCCAGGACCUCGGACCAAUCGGAGUGAAUGGGGAGGCGGGGCUUCGUCAUGGGCUGGAACCCUGGCCCAGGGUCACGAUGCUUCGAAGGGCGGGGAGCAAGUUGAAGCCAAGCGCCCUGUCGCCAAGGUCUGGGUGAGGCACUCGAUUCGCUCCGGACGGUGGAGGGAGGGAGGCAAUGUCAGUUCUGGCUGCGGCGCACGAUUUUUGACUGUCGUGCGCGGAAGACCGCGGGCGGGCAUGGAGAAGCGGUGGAAGUGCGGAGACUGCGGGAAGGGCUUCGACUACCCUUCCCACCUGGAGACCCACCGGCGCAGCCACACCGGGGAGAGGCCGUUCGUCUGCUCCGAGUGCGGCAAGGGCUUCGCCCAGUCGCAGCACCUGCUCUCGCACCAGCGCGCCCACUCCAGCCGCCGGCCGCUCAAGUGCUUCGAGUGCGAGAAGAGCUUCAAGCGGCGGAACCACCUGAUGCAGCACCAGCAGACCCACACCGGGGAGAGGCCCUACACCUGCCCCGAGUGCGGCAAAGCCUUCGCCCAGUCCUCCACCCUCAUGCGGCACCGGCAGACCCACACGGGCCGGCGGCCGUUCACCUGCUCGGUCUGCGGCAAGGGGUUCAUCCAGUCGUCCACGCUGCUGCGCCACCAGCGGGUGCACACCGGGGAGAGGCCGUUCACCUGCCCCGUCUGCGGGAAGGGACUGACCCGGUUGAGCACCCUCACGUCCCACCAGCGGGCCCACGCCGACAAAUAGGGCCGCGGGAGGGCGGUGUGCACUUUAGAAACGUGAGCGAGAAGCCCAGGGCCACUCACCGUCUGCAUCCGUGCAAAGGGGGUUCGGUCCCAUCUGGUGCCAGUGAGCACAGGCGCAACCUCAAUGGUCCCAUGCUGACCCCUUAGACCAGAAUGGAGUUUAAUAUUCACCGGUUAGCUACCAAAUAAAUCAGCUUUUGUGGAAACA